AUGUGCCCCAGGCUGCUGAGCUCGGGGCGCGUGGGCAGCAUCGGGGACGGGGCCUUCGAUGGACUGGGAAUGCUGGAGUACCUUGACCUGCGCGGGAACCCGCUGCGCUGUGACUGCGCCCUGCGCUGGCUCCUGGCCUGGGGCGGCUCCCGCCCCUCCCCCCCCGAGGGCCGAUGCCGGGGGCCCCUCCCCCACCUGGGCACCGCCCUGGCGCAGCUCCGCCCACAGCAGCUCCAGUGCCAGCGGCGCGAGCUGCGGCCGUUCCAGUCUCUCCCGUUCUCCUCCCUGGGUGCGGAGCCCGUGUCCCUCCAAGGCCACCCCGGGGUGUUCCUGGCGCAGCCGGCGCUGGGCGCCUGCGCCCUCCUGGAGUGGGACCAGCUCGGGGGGAGGUUCCGGGCCCAGAGCGUCGUCAACGGCUCCUCCCCGGUGUCCUGCCACCCGGUCCCGGUGGGUGACACGCUGCUGCUGGUGGUGGCCCAGCUGCGCGGCGGCUCCUGGGUGUGGCGCCGCUCGGGCGGCCCCGGCUCCUCCUUCGUGCGCCACCAGUCCCUGGGCCAGGGCCACCUUCGCCGUCCCCACGCCGUCACCGCCGCCCGCCUGGGCGGCCACCUCUACCUGGGCGUGGCCGACAGCUCCAAGGGCGGCACCAGCACCGUGUUCCGCUGGGCUUCCGGAGCCUUCUACCCACACCAGGCGCUGCGGCCGUGGCGGCGCGACACGCACCUGGAGUUCCUGGAGCUGGGCGGGCGCGCGGCGCUGGUGGUGUGCAGCGCGGCCAGGAGGCCCCAGGUGUACCUGUGGAGCGGCGGCGGCUUUGUGCCGCACACGGACAUCCCGCACGUGCCCGACGUGUACGCGGCCAAGCACUUCCGGGUCAGGGGGAGCGUCUUCCUGUGUCUCACCAGGUUCCUGGGGGACGCCAAGGUGAUGCGCUGGGAGGGCUCCAUGUUCCGCGAGGUGCAGGCGGUGCCGGCGCGCGGCUCCCUGGUGUUCCAGCCGCUUCUCCUGGCCGGCCACCGCUACGUCCUGCUGGGCAACGACUUCGCGCCGAGCCGCGUGUUCCGCCUGGGCGCCGCCGGGCGCCUGGAGCCCGAGCAGGAGCUGCCGGCGCCCUCGCCCCGCGCCUUCGUCCCCCUCGCCGCCGGCCACCGGCACUUCCUGCUGGCCACCAGCUUCAAGGGCGCCACGCAGGUCUACGCACACGUCACCGAGGACGUCGGCACCUAG